AUCAUUUACAAGUGUUGGAUUAAAAUAACAUUUCUCAUAAAAACAUAAUUUCUUACCAUUUUAAGGCGUAAUUCGGUUUAUCACAGUGUGACAAUUUUACCAUCGAUUCAUAGUACUCCAAGUCAAAUUAAAAUCAAGUCAAGUGCUGUGUGGUUUUCUGCUAACACAAAAAUCGAUUAGUUUGCCAAACAAUCCGAUAAAAUGGCUAACGUUUGUGAGCCAUUAACAUUAGCUAAGGAUGUGAAACGUUCAAUCGAACUGCUGGAGAAGCUGCAAAUGAGCGGGGAGGUACCCGCGACCAAGCUGGCUGCUCUGCAAAAGGUCUUGCAGAGUGAUUUUCUGAACGCUGUCCGUGAAGUUUACGAACAUGUCUACGAAACCGUAGACAUACAGGGCUCGCUCGAUGUGCGAGCUUCUGCCACUGCCAAAGCUACCAUUGCGGCGUUCGCAGCCAGCGAGGGACAUGCUCACCCGAGAGUGGUAGAACUGCCCAAAACGGAUGAGGGUCUUGGGUUCAACGUUAUGGGCGGAAAGGAGCAGAACUCUCCCAUCUAUAUCUCCCGUAUCAUUCCUGGUGGCGUUGCCGAUCGUCACGGAGGAUUGAAACGUGGCGAUCAACUGCUCUCGGUCAACGGCGUAUCCGUCGAGGGAGAGAAUCAUGAGAAGGCCGUCGAGCUGCUGAAGCAGGCCAUUGGCUCUGUUAAGUUGGUGGUGCGCUAUACGCCGAAGGUCUUGGAAGAGAUGGAACUUCGUUUUGAUAAGCAACGAGCUGCCAGAAGGCGCCAGCAGUACUAAGAAAGAUAAAAUUGUGCACACAAGAUGCCAUAAUUGAAAGAAAUAUCUCACUCGAAUUUGAAGAUGGUAUUCAGAAACCAAGUUCUUGCUGAAUGUCUAUUGAGUCCCUUGUAUUGACGCGGAGUUUCUCAUAUUUUCAUCAAUUAGAUUAUCAUUUUGUUUUCACUUAAAUUAGGUUUAAUUUGAAUUAUGGUUCUUUUACAAUAGAAGAGUUGUACCCAUGUUUAGAUACUGUAAUCUAUUUACAUUUUAUGUUCACUCAAUCGUGUUACUAUCUGUCCAAAUGUAUGGUUAUUGAUAAAAUAAACAUCGUAUGUAGCGUUGA